CGCAGGAGGAGCAGGUCGCCCGGAGUUGCGGCUCAGAUUUUGUGUUUGCGUCUCCUCCACUUUUAAACUUUUUUUUUUUUUUUUUACCUGCGCGUCACCGGCUCCUGCGCGCACCUGACAGCCCCGCUCCUACCCGCGCGUGGGCCACUUCUCCCGGCCUCACCUUGACAGAAACCCCGGGGACUGUCUCUGCUCUGGCUCUGGAUCAGUCAGUGGAGCGCGGCGGCGGCGGCGGCGGCGGUGGUGGUGGUGGUUCGUUGGAGUGCGCCCCACAUGAGGAGGAGGAGCGGGCUGUGAGCGCUCGGACCUCCGCCUGAACUCGGAAAUACGAGUACGCGUGUGGAUUCGGUUUGGAUGAUCGUUCUGUCGUGAGCGGAGCCGAGCGGCAGAGACGAUGCUGGGGGCCGAGGGCAGACUGGAGAGCCGGGUCCUGAAGCUGGAGGCCCUGGUGAGGAACCCGCAGUGGGCCCUCAACCUGGAGACUCUGCUGGACUCCAUCACGGCGCUGGCCCAUGACCUGGACUAUCCCGCUCUGCGCAAGAACAAGAACAUCGACGCCUUCCUCAGCAGAUAUGAGAAGGCCGUGACGCAGCUGAGGGAGCUCCACGUGAAGCUGGAGGACUUCGAGAAGGUGAAGCUGAUCGGGAGAGGAGCCUACGGGGAAGUGCAGCUGGUGCGUCACAAAGCCUCUCAGAGAGUUUACGCCAUGAAGCAGCUGAGUAAGUUUGAGAUGAUCAAACGUUCAGACUCUGCGUUCUUCUGGGAGGAGAGACACAUCAUGGCCUUUUCCAACAGCCCCUGGAUCGUACAGUUGUGCUGUGCUUUCCAAGACGAGCGGCACCUGUACAUGGUGAUGGAGUUCAUGCCCGGAGGAGACGUGGUCACGCUCACCAUGAACUACGACGUGCCGGAGGCGUGGGCGCGUUUCUACACCGCGGAGCUGGUCCUCGCCCUCGACGCCAUCCACUCCAUGGGCUUCAUCCACAGAGACGUGAAGCCCGACAACAUGCUGCUGGACCAGAGCGGGCACCUCAAACUGGCAGACUUUGGCACCUGUAUGAAGAUGGACCAGUCGGGUCUGGUGCACUGUGACACGGCCGUGGGCACUCCGGACUACAUCUCCCCCGAGGUGCUGCAGUCUCAGGGGGGAGACGGUCUGUACGGGCGGGAGUGUGACUGGUGGGCUGUGGGCGUCUUCCUCUACGAGCUGCUGGUCGGUGAGACUCCGUUCUACGCCGAGUCUCUGGUGGGGACAUACGGGAAGAUCAUGAACCACAAGAACUCUCUGUGUUUCCCUGACGACGUGGAGAUGUCUGCGGAGGUCAAACAGCUCAUCUGCGCCUUCCUCACGGACAGGGAAGUGCGUCUCGGAAGGUCGGGAGUGGAGGACGUGAAAAAGCAUCCCUUCUUCAAGAACGACCAGUGGACCUUCGACAACAUCCGAGAAACCGUGGCCCCGGUCGUCCCCGAGCUGCACAGCGACAUCGACACCAGCAACUUCGACGACUUCGAGGAUGAGAAACGAGACGUGGAGACUUUCCCUCCGCCCAAAGCCUUCACCGGCAACCAGCUGCCCUUCAUCGGCUUCACCUUCUUCAAAGAGGAUCAGCUGCUGAGGGGGGGUGAGGACUUUGAGGAGGAGGAGGAGGAAGAAGAGAACUGUAAAGACCGGACGGAGGAGAAGAAGGACAAAGAGAAGAACGCAGACAAGAACUCUGAGCUCCAGAAGAAGCUGCACGAUCUAGAGCAGAAGUUGGACCAUGAGAUGCAGGCCAAGGACGAGCUGGAGAACAAGUGCAAGAACGCCACCAACCGUUUAGACAAACUGGUCAAAGAACUGGACAAAGAGGUCAGUCUAUUGUCCUGUGUGUCUGAGUCCGUGUCGUCCCUCAGGCAGAUGGAGAGGGACAGAGCUCUUCUCCAGCACCAGAGCACGGAGAACCUGAGGAAGGUGGAGCUGGAGACGGAGAGGAAACGAGUCCUGGAGAACGAACUGAACAACCUGAGGGACCAGCUGGAGGAACUGAGGAGGAGGAACCAGGACUCCCAGAUCUCCAACGAGAAGAACCUACAGCUGCAGAAACAACUGGAGCAGACGUCACAGCAGCUUCAGGAGGAGCAGGAGAACGUGUCCCGGCUGAAGAAGGCCCAGGCCGAGGUGCACAAACACGUGCAGGCUCUGGAGCUGAGCCUGAGGGAGCAGGAGCAGAGGUGUGCUCAGCUGGAGCUCGGCUCACAGGAGAGAGACGCAGAGCUGAGAGACGCUCGCUGCGAACUGGAGGAGGAGAGGAGGGAGAGGAACAACAAGAGUGACACCAUCCAGGACCUGCAGGGACGGAUCUCGACGCUGGAGGAGGAGCUGAAGGAGCUGAAGACGAGUUUGUCCACAGCUCAGACUGAGAAGAAACAGCUCCAACACAAACUCAAUGAUCUGGAGAAGGAGAAGAGUAACCAGGAGAUCGAGCUGACGUUCCAGCUGAAGCAGGUGCAGCAGAGUCUGGAGCAGGAGGAGGCCGAGCACAGGGCCACGAAAGCCACUCUGGACCACAAGCACCAGGUGUCCCAGAGUCUGGAGGAGGCCAAGUCUGAGGUCCAGAAGGAGAUGGAGCGAAAGCUGCAGGAGGAGCGGGUUCUCAAGGCUCAGCUGGAGAACCGGCUGCUGCAGAUGGAGAAGGACUACUCCAUGUUGGACUGUGACUUUAAACAGGCUCAGCACCGACUGGAGGAGCUGGGAGGGCAGAAGGAGCGGCUGACCGAGGAGGUGAAGUCCCUGGGCUCUCGUCUGGAGGAGGAGCUCCACACUCGCUCUCUGUCUCAGGCGGAGCUGAAGAUCCAGAAGCAGCAGCUCACCGUCCUCCAGACCUCCGAGAAACAGCUCAAACAGGAAGUCAACCACCUGCUGGAGAUCAAGAGCGCCCUCGACAGGAACAACCAGGAACUGCGCCGGGAGAAGCAGGAGGCGGACGGGCUGCUGAAGGAGCUCAAGGACCAGCUGGAGGCAGAGACCUAUUUCACGACUCUGUACAAGACGCAGAUCCGUGAGCUGAAGGAGGAGCGGGAGGAGAGGAGUCGUCUGUGUAAAGAUCUGCAGCAGAGGAUCAACCAGUAUCAGGAGGAAAGGGAGUCUAUGGCGUCGCAGCUGGAGGCCAGUCUGACCAAAGCCGACUCAGAGCAGCUGGCCCGCUCCAUCGCUGAGGAGCAGUACUCAGCUCUGGAGAAGGAGAAGAUCAUGAAGGAGCUGGAGAUCAAGGACAUGCUGGCGCGACACAAACAGGAGCUGAGCGACAAGGAGGCCACCAUCAGCUCUCUGGAGGAGUCGAACCGAACCCUCACCGUGGACGUGGCUAAUCUGGCCGGAGAGAAGGAGGAGCUCAACAACCAGCUCAAAAAUCUGCACACAGAGCUGCAGAAGAAGAAGGAGGCGGAGAAAGAGCACAGCGCCCUCAGGGUGUCGUACGAGAAACAGCUGCAGAGCGAGAGAACGCUCAAGAUCCAGGCCGUGAAUAAGCUGGCGGAGGUGAUGAACCGCAGGCCGGACACGAUCAGCAGGGGGCAGCGCGCAGACACCACGGUCCAUCGCCGAGAGAAGGAGAACCGCAAACUCCAGCUGGAGCUCAGAGCCGAGAAGGAGAAGCUCAACAGCACCAUCAUCAAGUACCAGAGGGAGCUCAACGACAUGCAGGCGGUGAUCGCGGAGGAGACGGCCGUGCGUCUGGAGCUGCAGAUGGCGCUCGACUCCAAGGACAGUGACAUCGAGCAGCUCCGGUGUCAGAUCUCCUCCCUCAGCGUCCACUCCAUGGACUCGACCAGCAGCAGCACCGACCUGGACACCACCGCCGACGGAUACCCAGAUUCCGGACUGAAGGGCUGGAUGUCUCUGCCCUCUAAAAACUCCAAACGCUUCGGCUGGGACAGGAAGUAUGUGGUGGUGAGCAGUAAGAAGAUCCUGUUCUAUCACAGCGUGGAGGACCGAGAGCAGGCCAACCCCUUCAUGACCCUGGACAUCGAUAAACUGUUCCACGUGCGUCCCGUCACCCAGACCGACGUGUACCGCGCCGACGCCAGGGAAAUACCCCGAAUAUUCCAGAUCCUGUACGCCAACGAAGGCGAGAUCAAGCGCGACCCGGACGCCUCGGUGGAGACGGUCAGCUUCAGCGAGCGCCCGUCCUACAUCAGCCACAAAGGGCACGAGCUGAUCCCCACGCUGUACCACUUCCCCUCGGGCUGCGAGGUGUGCGCCCGCCCGCUCUGGCACAUGUUCAAGCCCCCGGCCGCCCUCGAGUGCCGCCGCUGCCACUUCAAGUGCCACAAGGACCAUAUGGGCAGCAAGGAGGAGGGCAUCCCCCCCUGCAAAGUGAACUACGACAUGUCCACGGCCAAAGAGCUCCUCCUGCUGGCCAGCUCUGCGGAGGAGCAGACGCGCUGGGUCAGUCACCUGCUCAAGAGGAUCCCCCGAAAACACCCCACCCUGAGCCCCCUCUCGGCCGCCCUGCCCCCGGCGCCGCAGCCCCCCACCCCGGAGCUCCAGCCCAGACCCACUCCCAGUCCCAGAGUCUCCCCAAGAGACUCCCCCAGGGCCUCCCCCAGGGCCUCCCCCCGCAUGUCCCACCGAGGAGCCAUCAAGAUCCAGGCCAGCAGCCGGACCCUGCAGCAGCAGCAGCAGCAGCAAAGCUCGAGCAAAACCAGAGUGCUGGAGUUCGGCCUGCCCGGCUGGACCUGGGCUCUGGAGGAGGCCGACAGCGAUGAUGACGAUGAUUUCUUCUAAAGGAAAACUAAUGAUUUCCUGUUAACCCCGGUCGAAAACCCGAGGAGCGGCACCGCGGCGUCUGAAAAGAGGAAAUUUUGGACUGAGAACGGUGGUGUUUGCAGGAAAAAAAAGGACAUCUCCACCAGCUGCCUGUUGUCAUGAGAACCAA